ACACCUUUAUUUAACCAGGUAGGCUAGUUGAGAACAAGUUCUCAUUUGCAACUGCGACCUGGCCAAGAUAAAGCAUAGCAGUGUGAGCAUACAACAAAGAGUUACACAUGGAGUAAACAAUUAACAAGUCUUGGUUAUUAGGACUCUUCCUUUUAAAGAUAAGUCGCUCUGUAGCCAUUGAUUUAGCAUAUUUCAAUUUGAUAGAGCUGUUACCAUUUGUAUAGAGUCUUAAUAGCCUUACAGAACAAAUCCCCAAUGCCAAGUCUCCCAAGGGAGUGGAAGAGGAACUGAUCCUCUACUGUGUCAAAUGCUUUAUAAAACUCUAAAUAUAAUAGGAAGCUAUCCUCGGUUAUUAGGUCUGAGCAGUCAAGUAUGUCUAAUACUAGUCUGAUAUUGUUAGAAAUAUGUCUGUUCCUCAUGAAGCCAGACUGUGUUACAUCAAUGAUUGCAUCCAGGACUUCUUUCAUUAUUUUUGCAAGUAGUAAGGCUAAUAUCUUAUAAUCAUUAUUAAGAAGACAAAUUGGACGGCAGUUAUCGACGAGCAGCACUUCUUUUUUAGGCUUAGGUAUCAGUGUUAUUAACCCCUGACUCAUUGUAGGAGGGAGAACAUUGUUUUUAAUACUCUCUAAAAAGACAUCAAAUAGGAAGGGAGCUACUUGUUUAGAAAAUAAUUUGUAAAAUUCUGAUGUAAUUCCAUCAACACCUGGUGAUUUAUUGUUCUUUAAAUGUUUGAUAGACUAUAAUCUCUUCAAAUUUGAUGGGUUCAUCAAACUGUUUAGAUUCUAUAUCACUGAUAGAAUGAGCAUUAUUCAGUGAGUCAAAAAACAUAUCUGUGGAUUCCUGAUAGUAGGUAGAGCUAAACAAUUUUCUGUAAAAAUGCUCCAGUAUUUAGCGAUUCAUUUCUGCUUAUCUGUAAUAACACCAUCAAUGUUUAACUUAUGGAUAGUGUUAUUUGUAGAGUGAAAUUUCUCAAGGCUAAAGAAAAAGGAUGAAUUCUGUUCUCCCUCCUCAAUCCAUUUUUUCCUAGAUCUAAUAAAGGCUCCUUCUGCUUUGAAUCUAUACAUAUUAUCCAGUUUAUUUUGUAACUCAAUCAGUUCCAUUUUCUCCUCCCCGAGAGGCCGGCUGGGGACCUCUGAGAAAGGGAAGUUUUUUCCUCCUCAGCUCUCCUGGUCUUAGCAAGAUUACUACCAUAUUUUCUAAGGUAUUUGGACGCCUCAAAUUUAAAGAGCUCCCAGUUCUUGCAAUAAGAUUUUUCUUCACAAGCCCUUUCCCAAAAGUAUGAAAGCAGAUCUUUAACCUCAAACUUAACUAUAUCAUUAUUUAAUAAUGAGCUAUUUAGCUUCCAGUAGGAUGCUCUACCAAGGUUAGUAUCAGGGGUAAAUAUGUUGAUAUUAAUGUAAAUGGCCCUAUGGUCUGUGAGGGGAGUAGUACAAAUAUCAGUAGUAACACACUCACUAUCAAUACAUUUGGAUAUGAGCCAAACAUCUAUUCUGGAUUGUCUGGAACCUGUUUUGUUACUCCAAGUGAAUGAUCUGUCAGCCAGAAACCUCUCCCUCCAUAUAUCAGUAAGAUCAAACUUUUCCAUAAAAAGUAUUAAACCCAAAUUCUGAUUGGUUGGGAUACCUGGGGGCCAUCUAUCAGUUGAAUUAUCUAUAGUAAUGUUAAAGUCCCCUCCUAUCAAUAAUAACGAAUUUGGAAAUUUAGAUAACCAAUGAAGUAUGUUUCUCUAUAGAUUCAAGCAACUCAUCAUUCUCAUGUUUGGUGUUGUACACAUAGAAGUAUACAGUAAUGAGCGUAAUGUCAUUGUAACUGAUCACAAUACAAAUAAAGUGACCAAAGGGGUCACAUUCCAAGUGUAGAAUAUUACCAAAGGUAUUUUUCAUUGUAGUGAAGAGCGUUCAGAUCCAUGGGAAAGCCAAAUAUCGUUGCCUCACUGUGACCUCCAGAAGUUGGCAUCAGCAGAAAUUGAGUCAGACUCUUGAAAAAAGUAAAAAUCUUGUUUGAAAUUAUUUAGCAAAUAAAAAUAAGGUCUUGCGCUUCACAUUAUUUCGUAACCCGCUAGUAUUAAUAUAAUCUAUAGACAAAGACAAAAUAACAAAGAUUAUAUAAAGGUAUAAACUGUAGUAGGAUGAGUCAAAAACGUAAGAGCAGUGAACGUAAGCGAUAAGGAACCGAGGUCUGCACCAUUUAAGUCGACUUAAAGUGAAAAUAGCUUAUUCCAUAAACUCUGAGCUAGAUGUUGUCCGGCUUUUGAAAUUCAACUCAACUGAAAAUUAUGUUCAAGACCAAACCAAGGGUUCUUUGUAGUAAGAGAGACUAAAAACCCUCUUUAGUGGAAUCAGGAACUAUUCUGAGAAAUAAAAUACAAAAAUAAUCAUUUAAAUAAGGGUUACCUACUAUUUUAAGUGCAUAUGAAAACUGAUCAUAAAAUUUUUUUAUAAGAAAUGUUCCGAAGACCUUUUCACUUGGAAAUAAGUAUUAAUAACUAAAUGGAACAAUUACAUUGUAAAGUUAGAGCAGAUCUGUAUGCCCUUUAAAACAGUAUCUUAGUUACUGUAUACAUCAAAUAUAUAUAUAUAUUUUUUACUUUGUCUUCUUCGUAAGUUUGUAAACAAAAUAGGUCUUCAAGAACAAACAUUUAUUUUUUAUUUUUUAACUAGGCAAGUCAGUUAAGAACAAAUUCUUAUUUUCAAUGACGGCAGUGGGUUAACUGCCUGUUCAGGGGCUUAACGAAAGAUGUGUACCUUGUCAGCUCGGGGGUUUGAACUUGCAACCUUCCGGUCACUAGUCCAACGCUCUAACCUACCCUGCCGCCCCAUAAAUUGAAGUACCUGAGUAUUCCGAAAAAUAGGCACCUGAUGCUUGUUAGGUAAAGUUAAACAAUACCAGGAAAAUGAGAAUACCAUGGCCGAAACCAUCAAUCUGUUCCUUCUGGUGAGAUUUUAGGGAGAAAUAUAGAUUUCUGAACCGGUGAUGAAGCUUCGUCCUCCUACGGAGUAAGCAGCCUUUCACUCAUUUUGUGCUAUCUUGAUCAUUGGCCACAACUGGUUCCUUCUUUCUAUGUCCCCCGGGCUGAGAUGCUCGGCGAAACGCAUAACCAUGGCUCGGAAGGAAGGCGUUCUGCCUAGCAGCUUUUCAGACUGCGUCCCUGUAGAAUCUGACAGUGAAGAGGAUGACCCCUUGGUCUUGAAUCGUUUUGCUGUCGCUUCUUGCCGAGGCGAUGCACAACGUCGAUGGUAUCACCAACUUUUUUUCUUCUCUGCAUGCAAGUAUAACUUCUUGGCAGAUGGGGAUAGCUUCUCCUCGCACACCCUCCACCUCUGGCACGCCGUAGAGUCUCAGGUUCCAUCUUGUGUAUUGUUCCAGAUCAGUGAGACAUCUAUAGUAGACAUUGUUAUUAUUUUCCACGCUUUUAAAAAACUUUUGCCACUCUCAUUUUCACAUCCUUUCACCACAUGCAAACAGGAAAGUUGUUAUAUCUUGAAUAACUAAAAAUAGUAAUGACUGUAAACUAGUUUUUUCCCACAAUCUUUCCGAAGUUUAGUGCGGAGCUCGGCAAAAAAAGGCGUCUGUUCAACCCGCCAUGUUGGCCUCCUUCAUAAAGCUACAAACUCCGCCGUCACCCUCUUUCUUACCCUGCCAUGCCUACUGCAGAUGGCGGUAGCGGUUUUUUCCACCAGCUACUUGAUUUACGGGGAGAACCCAACAUGUCAGCCUCCAUGUCCAGAUUAUGUUCAGAAUUGUAAUGAAAAGAAUUCUAGACAAUUGGAAGUCCUACAGACACAGAUUCGUUCCGUGGAUUGCAUUGAAUCUUCGUAAAAAUGAGAGAACUAUUCGCCAGGUCACAGAGCGCUCAAAAGACAGGCUGGUCUCGGAUGAGGUGGUGUCAGAAACACUACUACGCCUUUUUAGGGAACUGCUCAGAAAUGACGUUGCACACCAGGGAGAGGUGUUACGUCUGCUUCCCGCCUCAACUCAAACCCGCUACCUCAGCCCAGAGACCACUGAGGGACCAGACAUAGGAGAACCAAAAGGAGAGCAUAGGCCCAUCGAGACGAUGUUACUCACGGUUGGGUUCUGUAUUGAGCGAAAGCCUAGUUCCUUGCCGUUCGCUGGAACAGGAGUCUUUGUUACCAGGGGCUUUGUGCAUAAAGGAACUACAGUGGCCAUGUACCCAGGUACCAUCUAUCAGGCAUAUGAGCCCAUUCUCUUCCAGUCCAUUCGGAACCCUUUUGUAUUCAGAUGCAUAGAUCAUGUUUUGAUUGACGGCAAUGACAAAGGCAUCUCUAAAAUAGUGUACAGGUCGUGCAGUGGAAGAGACAGGCUUGGUCCUUUCAGUUUGAGUGACAUCACUUGGUUGACAGCCAAUACAAAAAACCCACUAGCAGUGGGUCAAUAUGUGAACAACUGCUCAAAUGAGAGGGCUGCAAAUGUGUGCUAUCAGGAGUAUGAUGUGCCUGAAGCAUUUCCUCUAGAACUUCGCCAGUACCUUCCCAAUGUGAACUACAGACAUGACACGCAAAGGCCUUUACGAUGUGUAGUCCUUGUAGCAUUAAGAGACAUCUGUCCAGGGGAGGAACUCUUUUCUAACUACUUCACUAUCGUGCAUUAGGUCACAUUUUAAAACCGGUACUACUCGAACUUGUUCAAGAAGAAACACUUGGCUACAGUGUACCUUAGUGCACACAACCCAGGUCUAAGAUUUUUGAACACGUAAGAUUAUGAAAAGUACUUAUUCAACUAGUCAAGUGAAAGCCCCUCUGAAGAACUGUGGCCAGAUGAUUCUGUGUAGCCUAUGAGGGAAGGACAAUGAAAGAGACUGAAGCAAGAAUGGAGAACAUGAAACUGAGAAGACCAUAUUCAUAAGAACAUUUUCCUUUAUUUCUGCAUCUGUACACAUGAUUUGUCUGGAACAAAAUAUAAAAUAUUCAACGAAAGAGUAUAUACAGUUUUAUGAACAAUAAACUUUACUUUUGAAUGAUGA